ACCUUCUUCUCCACCGCACUUUCUCUAAAGAGAAAGCAAAAUUCACUUUUUUAUUUCUUCACAGAGAAGGAAAGAGAGAAUAAUGUCGAAGGGGGAUUAGGGGGGUUUUGCUCCUCCUCCUUUUUUAUUCUUUCUGAAGAAUCGAAACCAUAUCUGGUCGUUCCUCAAUGGCGGGUCUCUCUCUCAAAUGCGGGGACUGUGGGGCCCUUCUCAAGUCUGUAGAAGAAGCCCAAGAACAUGGAGAGCUUACUUCUCACUCCAAUUUCUCUGAAUCAAUGGAAGCUGUCCUCAAUCUCGUCUGUACUACUUGCGGCAAGCCUUUCCGAUCAAAAACUGAGAGCUCCUUGCAUAAGAAAAGAACUGGGCAUACUAAGUUCGUUAACAAGACUUCGGAGACAACCAAACCGAUCUCUUUAGAGGUUCCGAAGGCCUGUGCUUCUGCUGAGCCAGAGGAAGGUUUCGAAACUGGUGAAAGUAGUCAGUCUGGAGGUGAAAUGGUUGUUCCUGAAGUUGAUAAGAACCUGCUUGGUAAACUUGAAGAAAUGGGGUUCCCAAAGGCCCGAGCAACACGUGGACUUCAUUAUUCUGGCAAUGCUAACCUUGAAGAGGCUGUAAAUUGGGUUGUUGAACAUGAUGAUGACCCUGACAUUGAUGAGAUGCCCAUGGUACAUGCCAAUACUAAAGUUGAGGCUUCAAAACCAAAACCAUCUCUUACUCCGGAGGAAAUGAAGAUCAAAACACAAGAAUUAAGGGAGAAAGCUCGGAAAAAGAAAGAGGAGGAAGAAAAGAUAAUGGAAAGAGAAAGAGAGAAGGAAAGGAUUCGAGCUGGUAAGGAACUACUUGAAGCAAAGAGAAUUGAGGAAGAAAAUGAAAGAAAACGUUUAUUUUUCUUGCGGAAAGCAGAAAAGGAGGAAGAAAAAAGAGCAAGGGAGAAAAUCCGACAAAAACUAGAGGAUGAUAAGGCAGAAAGUAGGCGGAAGCUUGGCUUGCCACCUGAAGAGCCUGCAGCUAUAAAGCCUCCUACACCUGUUGUGGAGGAAAAAAAGAUUUCUUUGCCUGUUAGGCCUGCUACAAAGGCUGAGCGCAUGAGGGAAUGUUUACGAUCUCUCAAGCAAAAUCACAAGGAUGAUGAAGCCAAAGUGAAGAGGGCAUUCCAGACUCUUCUUACUUAUGUAGGGAAUGUUGCAAAGAAUCCGACUGAGGAGAAGUUCAGGAAGAUUCGACUCAACAAUCCAUCAUUUCAGGAGAGAGUUGGUAGCUUAGAAGGGGGAAUCGAGUUUCUUGAACUCUGUGGAUUUGAAAAAAUUGAAGGUGGUGAGUUCUUGUUUCUUUCAGGAGACAAAAUUUCCAUGGCAGUGCUAAACACAGCUGGGGCUGAGUUGAACUCUGCAAUAGUAAACCCUUUCUUUGGAGUUCUCUAAGGGGCAUCUCUCAUUGUAAGUGGUGGUCUUUUGCUAUUUUGUGCUCAGAAAAUGUGUGAAUUGGAUUGUAUAGAAAUGAAUCAAUGUAUAAGUUUUCAUGUAUGUCGCACAGCUAUGGGUGGAUGGUUUUAAGAAUCAACAUUAACCCUUGCAAUUAGAUCAUUGUGCAUAGACAAUCAUCUAAUACACCAAA